AUGGAGACUGUCACCCCGGUACUAUUGAUGCGUCAAGCAUCUCAGGCUCCUCCAAGUCCAAACAGACCCUCAAACCCAGCUAUUGCCAGCCAAUUCACCGGGUCAGUUCAACAGACGACUUCUUCAUCCUCACCAUACCCCAGUAGUGGAAGGCAGGGCGCCUGGAUGGGAAGUGUCGGCUUCACAACUCGUUUCACAAGAGACACUAUGGGCUACGGCCGAGUGACGCAAACACCAGCUAUCGUUUAUGAGCCCGAACCUCUCCAACCUCUUUUUGGAGGCAUAGUUCCUUUGUCAUCAUUACCGGAACCUACAAGCGAGAGCAUGAAGAUGCCGCCAUCGGGGCAUAGAAUAGGAGGGGAUAUGGCAUGGCUCUUUGGGCGGCCUCAAUCUGGAUACGUUGAGAGACCAAAAAUCACCACUUGCAAUGGUGAACAAAGACUAGUGGCGCAAAGAAUGUAUAUCAGCCGCGGCUUUAGAGACGCUGGAAUGAGUCGUUAA